AUGGCCAGUGUUUUAACCCUUCCACCUCCUAUCUGCCCCAGUGAUUACACAAACUACCUAUUCUGUGUUGUUGAUGUGGCCUGCUCAUGUGGUCUGGUGAAGAAUGGAACAGAACCUGUUGCAGAGGCAGUUUACAGAAAUGUCACAAAAGUCCACUACUUGAUGUUGAGUCAGCAUUGUUCUCUUCAAGGCGUUCCCAUAUCUGUGCUUCAGAGUGGAUUGUUUGAAUGUUAUGACACCAUGACAGCAUUACCAAUCACCAUGGGCCAACUGCAGCUUUCAUUUGCUGAAGAUCAAGUUGUACAGCAGUGGUCACACAAUUGUCCAGCUGUCAUCAAAUGUGCUGGUCAGUUUGAUAUUACACUUGCUGCAUCUUUGAGCAUCAAAAACUUUCCUGAUGUUUGUCAGAAUACACUGACUGUGAUCCAGUGCUCUCAGGAAGCUCUAACUUCAUGUGGGUUGUUCAGCACGACGGAAGCCAGGGCAUUUUAUCAAUUGCUGACAAGCAAGCUUGAAGGAUGCGAUACAGGCAAAAUGACCAUAACCAAAGAUCCGGGAAGUAGUAACUUUGGCACUGAUGCCAUCGUGAGUGCCAACAACAGCCAGUCACAUCUGGAGAGUGCCAAAGCAGGCUCUUUGACCACAAUGUCAUCGGCUUCAAGUCAGUUGGUCUUGGUGCUGCUCUGCAUGACCUCUCUUUGGAUUAUGUGCCAGUAG